AUGGUCCCGCCCACAGUCCCCGACCCCGAUGUCGAUGAGGGUAUAGAAUAUUGGGCAACACAACCAGCCAACUACGACGGUGUUCUCGGUGGUUUUGGAUCUGGGUCAUUACCUAGGGUCGAUGCGCUUGGCUCGCGCCAAUUCCUCAUGUACCUGAUGCCGGAGCUCUGCGCCGUUCCUUCCGCCGUGCGCCCCCUACACCCACUACAUGAUCCUACCCGGCGGAUACGCGCAUUGGACGUCGGCGCAGGGAUCGGCCGCGUAACUGGUGACGUGCUUCUUCACCUGGUUCAGGAUGUCGUCCUCGUCGAGCCCGUCGAGAGCCUCGUCAAUGAGGCCUGGGCACGCGGGCGCGCGAGCGCCGCGGGCAAGGUGACAGAGGACAGCACCCACGUCCUGUGGAAGGGCAUCAAGGACAGGACAAAGAGCGUCACUUUCGUCCAAGGGACGCUCCAAGACCUGGACCCAUGUCGCCCGCUAAUUUCCACAAAGCGGCUCGGCCGCGUGGGUUACGAACCGCCUGCGGACGACCUCGAGUCGCCGUACGAUAUCAUCUGGUGUCAGUGGUGUCUCGGAUGUCUGAGCGAUCCAGACCUUGUUGCCUUCCUCAAGCGCAGCGGUGCCGCACUGCGGGAUCCCGAACGGAGUCUGAUUAUUGUGAAGGAGAAUUUGUGCUCGGAGCCGGAGGGCGGCGGGCCCAGGACGGUGUUCGAUGAGACCGAUUCCAGUCUUACAAGAUCCGACCUCGCCUGGAAGAAGUGUUUUAGUGAAGCUGGUUUGAGCCUGAUACACGAGCAAGUGCAGCGUGGAUUUCCCGAAGGUCUUUAUGUUGUGAAAAUGUAUGCUUUGAGACGGCCAUCUUGA